AUGGGCCGGAUAUUAAGUGCGUCAUUACCUAUAUUAUUCCUCGUACUCCUCCAUUUUCUCGAGGCUCGCCAGAUUUUCGCUAACUCGCAACGAUGGAACAAAACGCCAGGCAAUCCCGGCGUGCGGAUACGACUGACCAAGAAGGGGAUCAACCACUUGAAAACCGUGGCCGUCAAGCUGUUCAACGAGCAGAUCAGGAAUAUUAGGGGCUAUUCCUCACAAUAUCCCUUCAACCAUGCCGGCAUCAACGGCUUCGUGAACCUGCAGAACGUCCGAAUUCUGCACUAUCGACCGCCACAAUUCUCCGUCGUCAACUUUAUGCCGCCGCGGUACGCCGUGUUCGGCCUCGAGAAUAUGGAUAUGCAAUUAGCCGGAUCGUUUGACGGGACCGCGCCGCUAUUCCAGGUUUCCGGUUCAGUCGACGGCUUCAUCCAGGGGAUGACCGUGGCUCUAACAUCGGAAUUUGCCAGGAAUGAAGCUG